GGUGGCUCUGGUUCUACAGCGGUCCCCUGCUCCUGCACACCGGCCCCGACGAGGCAGCCUACCGCCGCCAUGGUCGCGCCAGCGGUGCCUGAGAUCACCGAGGAGAUUCUCCACGAAUCAAUUGACGCCCGAACUGAAUCGCUCAACGCCCUCCGAGAACUCGGCCCCCCCGAUCUUGUCCACCUCCUGAAGCACCAGAUCCGAAACCCGACGAGACAGCUCGGCGUCUACCACCAUGUCACCGGAGUCGAUGCCUCGUCCUCGGCGAGUUUGGCUGCCUACAUCAACACCUUGACCUACAAGGAGCAUGGCCCCAACGCGACCAACAAGAUCGACGAAGGGCUGUACUGCUGUUACAAUGCAUUCUCACGCCUGGAUAUGCGCGUCCACGUUUCGAUCCCAGGAACCGUCGAGAGCUACUGCGUCGACGAGCGAGGCGAGAAGAGGAAGGCUUCAGAGGAUCUCUGGCUAGAGACCUAUCUCUGCAGUGUUUUACGGGCAUACUCCUACGCUGAUGACGGCAGCGGCGAUACCAUCCGAAAAAUCAUGGGCGUUCGAAGAUUCAAUCCUGUCACUAACACUGAGACUGAACAUCGGUUCCUCCAUGCUGCUGAGCAGCUGUUCUUUAAGGGAUGGCAGUUGGGAUCCGAUUCGGUGGUUCAAGUGCCUACCAACGUGUCCAACCAUUUGACCACUGGCCUCCUCAAGUACCUCGAGACGACCGGCCGUUAUGCUUCCGGCAUCAACUUGUUUGAGAAGCUCCGAACCCAGAGCGUCGAGGUGUCGUCUUUGCUAGCAAAGGUCAUGUUCAUGGGGAAUGAAGAGGUUUCAGGUGUCCGAACUCUGUACCAGGCUCUCAAGGAAACACCCAUGGACUAUGUCAUGCUUGACACACAAGCUGAGUUCUUGCUCAAGAAGGCCAAUGGUGCGCCUACUCCCGAAGGCAGGGAAGAGAGAUUGAAGCUGGCUCUUGGCUGUGCUGACCGAGGCACUGUCGCCGCCCCGACUGAAUUCGGCACCUGGGCUCGUUUGGCCCAAGUCUAUGUUGCAAUGGAGGAUUGGGACAACGCUCUUACCAUUCUCAACUCUUGCCCCAUGUUCACCUACCAGGACAAGGACACCCCUCUAAUGCCAGAGCCGAAGGAAGUCCACUUACCGACGUUGCCCGAAACCCGGCUGGACGAGAUUGAUAGUGAGCCUGAGUCUCGAUACUCAGAGCACGUCGACCCCAGCCUGUUGAACCUGCGUGCAGCAGCGUACCGCGGCACCUUCAAGAAGGCGUAUGAUAUUUUGACGGAGAUGACCGCCAAGAUUGGCUGGGACCAGCUCCUAAAGAUCCGCAGCAAUGUGUUCGUCAUGGAGGAUGAAUACCGAACAGAGAAGCAGGAAGCCACUCAGCCAGCUUCCGCAAACCGAAACCCCAGCACCGACGCCCUUCACGGUUCGCCCGACAAGCCUACCAACGGCGAGGAAUCAUCGGAGAACGAAGAGAAGCCCAAGACACCAGAGAAGCCAGACGAGGCAAAAUCACCUGCCGAGACCGAGUCGCCUGCCGAAACCGAGCCAGUUGUCAAGAUUGAUGCCCCUGCCGAGACCCUGCCAAUCGAUGGUCAGGAGAACGGCGUCGAGAAGCCCUCGAACACAAUCGACCCAGGCGAGAUCAAGUCUGAUCCUGAGAGUGCAACCAAGAACGACGAUCACUUGUCGAAGCUCAACACUAAGCGACUCUGCGAGCGCUGGUUGGACAGCUUAUUCAUGGUUCUUUAUGAGGACCUCCGAGUCUACACUAUUUGGCGAACUCAGAUGGCCCAGUAUCGCGCCCAGCAGAUGCAGUAUAAGAAGUCGGCCGAGGAGUGGGAAAUCCUAGGUGCUCUCGCUGAGCGCCUCCAGCACACUGAUGAGGCUAUCGAGGCCUACCGUGCGUGCCUGUCGCUGCGCUUUAGCCCCAAGGCUCUGGCGGGUAUUCUGCGCGUGUUCGAGACGACUAAGAGCACUCGGGAGACGGUGGCAUCUGUCAUCCGUCUUGUAACAUGGCAGUACAGAUGGUACAGCGAGUUCAGCCCCGAGCUGCUACACACCAUCCGCACCCUUAUUGAGGACGAGGGAGCGGUCAAGGUCCGAAGCAUCAUCCAGGCGACAAGCCUGCCGCAGAACGUGCUGGACUUGACGCAUCACUAUGCGGCGUUGUGCGCGACGUUCCGAAGCAGCGGAACUGACGGUUAGGUCGAAAAUGGCGACGGAAAGGCGACGUCGGGAUCGAACAGAUCUAGGGGGUUGGAGAAUGAAGAAGUGCUGGCUUACAAGUGAAAGUGGAUAGAUGUAUGAGCGAGGUGUAAGGGAAAUACUAGGGAAAUACGUGGUGUAGCAGGCCCGGCAACUGGCUUUGUCUUCCGGGAGCAAACAUACUCGAAUUUAAAACUAAUACACCCUCAUCUUCGAAUGG